UGGAUUAUAAAUGAUUGAUGAUUAUCAUAUUUAAUUGGAAAUAUAUCCAUUAGAAGUAUGAUAGUAAUACAGAAUUCUAUUAUUAAUCUUAAUAGAAAAUCAAAUAUAUAUUAUUUACUUUUUCCUUAUAAUUAAGAUCAGUUAAAUAUAAUACUCUUUUUCUAAGAUAUAUAUAAAUAUUUAGAUAAUUGUGAUUAAUAAUUAAUAAAUUUGAGUUAUACUUANUAUCAGAUUUAUGUAAAUAAUCUAUAGAAUCAUUAUUUUAAUUACUAUAAUCUACAUAUUAUAAUAAAUCGAUUACUUUAUAUUUGUAUAUUAUUUUUUAUUAAACAAAAGGAUAUCUGAAUUGUAAAUGCAUUAUCAAGAUUUAUAUAAAAUAUAUGGCAAAUA